CCCGUGGCCGGUGGCGUCAUUUCCGGGAGAGGGACAGCUGAACCUGAGCCAUUCUCUUUAGUGUUUGCCUUGUCUGCCUUUCCCCCUCCUCUCACCACCACUUCUCAAACACUUUAUGUCAAACAACAAGGGGAGCGCUGUGUAACUGCGGUGAAACCAAACACAAAUACCUCAAAGCACUGUAGCCCAUGGAGUAAUUAAAGCCCGGACGGACAGGAUAAAAGAGCGCGAUGUCAACCGGCGAAAGAAAGUUUGCCAGGCAGCUUGGCGACUGUGGGAUUUACGGAAUCUUCUAGGCCGCAGACGUGCAAACGAAGUCAUUUCUGACUCUCCCACCCAAGGAUCAAGAUCGGCAGCUGCCAGCCACUCAACAUGUCGCAGGUCCAGUUCCAGCCAGCUCUCAGCAGUCCCCUGCCCAGCACUGUGUCCAUGCCGCUUUCCCAGCCCCAGCCUGGCUUCAGUAUUCCCUGUGCCUCUGGGACCCUGCCCUCUGAGAGUGCUAGCCACCCCCUGCGGAGCUCUGCCCUGCCGUCUGCCUCAGUCACUCCUUUCAAUGCACCUGCAGUUUCAGCACCCAACAUGGCAAACCCUAAAGAGAAGACCCCCAUGUGUCUGGUGAAUGAGUUAGCCCGUUUCAACAAGAUCCAGCCAGAAUACAAACUCCUUAGUGAACAGGGACCAGCUCAUGCCAAGAUUUUUUCAGUGAGGUUAACGUUGGGGGAGCAGCACUGGGAAGCUGAGGGAACAAGUAUCAAGAAGGCCCAACAUUCUGCUGCUGCUGCCGCUCUGUCCCAAACCACACUUCCCAAGCCCACCAUGCGCAGCCCCCGCAAUACAGGCAAGAAUCCAGACAGCAUAACACACACUGUGGAGCUUAAUGCACUUUGUAUGAAACUGGGAAAGAAACCCAUCUAUAAGCCCAUUGACCCAUACCCUGGAAUGAGACCCAGUUUCAAUUAUACCAUCAGGACACCAACUCCUUAUCCACGGUACUACUACCCCUUCCCACCAGUAGGGCCAGUCCUGUACCACAUGGAGCUGUCAAUCGGAGGCCAGCAGUUCCAUGGGAAAGGCCGCACGCGGCAGGCGGCCAAACACGAUGCGGCCUCUAAGGCCCUGAGGACGCUGCAGAAGGAGGCCCUGCUAGAGCAGCUACCAGAGGUGAAUGGUGAAACAUCGGAAGAGAACCUCAAUAAAUCGGAAAUCAGCCAGGUGUUUGAGAUCGCACUGAAGAGAAACAUGCCAGUGAACUUCGAGGUGCUAAAGGAGGCAGGCCCCCCGCACAUGAAGAGCUUUGUGGUUCGGGUAACUGUAGGGGAAUUUUCUGCCGAAGGUGACGGUAAGAGUAAGAAGUUGGCUAAGAAGUGCGCAGCAGCUGCGGUGCUGGAGGAGCUGCGCCGACUGCCCCAGCUGCCCGUCAUGGAGAAGCUGCAGCCACGCAUUAAGAAGAAAACCAAGUCUAUCAUCAAGCUGCAGACCAGCCCAGAGUAUGGUCAGGGCAUGAACCCCAUAAGCCGCCUGGCACAGAUUCAGCAGGCCAAGAAGGAAAAAGAGCCCGAGUACAGCCUGGUUACAGAGAGAGGGCUGCCGCGACGCAGGGAGUUCGUCAUGCAGGUGAGAGUCUGCGGUCAGAGUGCCGAGGGCAUGGGCCCCAGCAAGAAAAUCGCCAAACGCAACGCGGCUGAGAAGAUGCUGGAACUGAUGGGAUUCAGGGUGCCUCAGCCUCAGCCCCCUAAACCAGCCCUCAAAACAGACGAAAAGCCACCAAUCAAAAAACCAGGAGAUGGGCGAAAAGUGACCUUUUUUGAACCCAACACAGUGGAUGAUAGCAGCAUGGGAACCAAGGAAGAGGAGUUUCGCCUGCCCUACAUGAGUCACCAGCAGCUGCCUGCAGGCAUCCUGCCCAUGGUGCCUGAGGUGGCGCAGGCAGUUGGUGCCAACCAGGGCCACCACAACAAGGAGUACAGCCGCGUGCCGCCUAACCCUGCCAAGGCCACCCUCACUGCCAUGAUCGCCAAUGAGCUGUUGUAUGCUGGCACCUCUCUAACCGCAGAGACCAUUCUCAAGAGCAACAACAGCCUGUCACACCUGCCCCCUGGGCCCCUCACACGCCCAUCAGAGCAGUUGGGCUUCCUGGCCAAUGUGCAGGGCCUGCAGGUGGAAUACAAAGAUUUUCCCAAGAAUAACAAAAACGAGUUUGUGUCGCUGAUCAACUGCUCCUCCCAGCCUCCCCUCAUCAGCCAUGGGAUCGGGAAAGAUGUGGAGUCUUGCCAUGACAUGGCUGCACUGAAUAUACUGAAGCUAUUGUCCGAGCUGGACCAGCAGCCCAGUGACAGGACAGGAAACGGACCAAUCAGUGGGCCAGUUCCCAGAUGUGGUAAACAAGAAAUGGAGGGUGACUCUCUCCUCAAACAGACUAACUCAAGCACCCUAGGACAGACUCUGGAUAACUCCAUAUAGACACUGGUUAAAGGAGGAACUGAAUAAAGCACUAGAGAAAAAUCACAAACCCAUUGUUUUAGAGGGCUACAGUGCAAGUUACUGUAGUAUCAAAAUCACAACAGUUGCUAAAUAUUCUAACAUUUUCAGUUAAAUAUUGAAGAGAACCUUAAUGUCAUUAAAAUUGCAUUCAUAAUUUCUUUUCCUAGGAAAUAGCUGUAGCUGCAACAAGGUUGUUAAUAUUCUCCAGGGUACUUUGGAGAAAACAAUCAAAAAUGUGAUUGAUUUUUUUGUAGUUCACAAGGGUUGAGCUGCACCUUAAAAACUGUCCUUUGUUGUCUCCUCUGGUGCAGUAGUUAGGGAAGAAGUUUCAGUGCAGCAUGGAAGGACUCGCAUGCAGAGAAGAAGAAUUCAGACUAGAGUCUGGAUUUUAAACACAUUGGUUUGUUACAUUGCAGGGCUACACAGAUAAUGAAACAAUGUGAAAGUGCAGAGUGCAAAGGUGCAAACGUUUCAGUCCAUGUUGGACUUUCGUCAUUGCAAAUGCACUUUUUACACUUUCAUUGUCACAGCCUUGUAAUGUGACAAAAAAUAUUUAAAAUCCAGACUCUAGUCUGAUUUUGUUUUCUAGUUCUCUGCAUGCAAGUCCUUCCUUGCUGCACUGAUUCUUUUUUGUAGGCCAGUUCCCCCCCCCCCCCCACCCCAGGUAAAAUUGGAUGCUAUUUUAUCCCCAUUCUUUAGUUAGAAAGGGUAAGCUUGUGCUUCUUUGAUGCAGGCAGACCCAAUGGAAGAUAUGAGCACACCACUUGAUUUUCCUUGAGUGCUUUAACAUAAACAAAA